AUGAUCAUAAUUAUUGCUUUAGUUAUCCAUCCGGCAAUAAAAUGUUUAAUUCCCUCUCUCUCUCUCUCUCUCUCUCUCUCUCUCUAUCUAUCUAUCUAUCAUUAUUUCUGGUUAUAUGACCCAGUGUUUUCUUUUCUCUCCACCUCUCCACCUCUCUCUCUCUCCACCUCUCUCUCUCUCUCUCUCUCUCUCUCUCUCUCUCUCUCUAUUUCACUGUGUCUAUCACUGAAUAUAAAUAUAUCCAGUUAUCCAUCCGGCAAUAAAAUGUUUAAUUCCCCCUCUCUCUCUCUCUCUCUCUCUAUCUAUCUAUCUAUCUAUCUAUCUGUCAUUAUUUCUGGUUAUAUGACCCAGUGUUUUCUUUUCUCUCCACAUCUCUCUCUCUCUCUCUCUCUCUCUAUUUCAAUGUGUCUAUCACUGAAUAUUAAUAUGUCCAGUUAUACAUCCGCCAAUAAAAUGUUAAAUUCUCUCUCUCUCUCUCUCCCAUUCAUUAUUUCUUUCGCUCUCUUUUUCGUUUAUGUGUCUUUGUUUCUUUCUUUUUUUUUCAUUGUUUUUUUAACUUCUUUAUCGACUUUCCUUUGUUUUUGUCAGUUUUUUUUAUCUCUUUUCUUUCUUACUUUGCUACUUUCCUUCCUUCCUUCCUUCCUUCCUUCCUUCCUUCCUUCCUUCCAUUCUCUCUUAUCAGUUGCCUGUUUAUUUCUUUUCCUUUCUUUCUUUAACGGUAAUUUUCAUUUGUUUGUUUAUUUCAUUCUUUCUUUUCCUUAG